AUGAACGCACACAGUCUCCAAACCGGUGGCGCUUUAACAAUAAUUUUUCAAAUAGUCCUGCUGUCUGCGGCCACACUCGAACCUUACGACAUGCUUUAUGCCAGCGGAGUGGAGGCUUUAAACCAGGGGGAUUAUGCGAGUGUGGUGAUGUACAUGGAGGGAGCAUUGCGGAGUUUCUCUGAAGUGCGGCAGACCAGAAUUGGAUGUAGUCUAAAGUGCAACGAUGAACAUGAACUCAGCUCGAGUGCCACUGAGCUCCAUUUGUUUGAUGUGGUUUUGCGAAGAGCCGCUUGUCUCAGUGACUGUAUUGAAACAAAAAUCGGACCUCAGUCUAUGCACAAAGUAAGCGAGGAUGUUCUUCAGGAUUUCCGCAGAAGAAUCCCUUACAACUACCUCCAACUAGCUUAUCUAAAGCUUAAGCAACUGGACAAGGCAGCAGCUGCUGCUCACACCUAUUUUCAAGCAAACCCUGAGCAUGUAGAGAUGAGCCAGGACCUGGAGCUGUACAAGUCUUUGAAGGGUGUGGAGGAGAAGCACUUUUUUGACAAAGAAAUCCGCCCGCAUGAGAGAGCCUUCAGUGCUGGAGUGCAGCUGUAUAAUGAUGGCAACUACGAGGAGGCUGUGGCAUUAUUUGAGGAAGCUUUAACUAAGUACUACAAAGCAGACAUUGAUUGUCGAGCCCUGUGCGAUGGACCACAACACUUCAGUGAACAAGAUCAUGUGCUGUAUCGCUACAGCCUCACUGAGCUCAUUUCAGACCACUACACACAGGUUCUGCACUGCAAACAUGAGUGUGUGCGAGAUUUGGCCACACGCCCUGGCCACCUCUCUCCCAUGAAGAACUUCUUGCCGCUACAUUAUGAUUACCUGCAAUAUGCCUAUUUCCAAGUGAACAAACUGGAAGAAGCUCUGGCCUGUGCUCUGACCUACCUGCUGUUUCAUGAAGGUGAUGAGUUCAUGACUGAAAAUGUAAAGUACUUCACUGAGUUAAUGGGUCAUAGUGGCAGGCCUCGCCAGGAGGCUGUGCACUAUCUGAAGAGACACAAGCAGGAGUUGGAGCUGCUUUACAUUGGCAGUGAAGCCUUGGGAGUGCCCUACAUUGAGGGGAACUACUGGAGCAGUCCCGGUGGAAGAGAAGAUGCAAACCGAGUCCCAUCAGGAACUGAGAAAUGGAUGGAGGAUGCUCCAACCUUUGACAAAAAAACCUCAGUGGCAGUAAUUCAGCAGCCUGAGGAAGGAGGCUCUUUGGUGUAUGACAACGUUCACCUGGUGCAAAACUCAUUUGCCCUUAACGGAACUCAGAGGGUUCUUUUAGAUGAUGUUAUUUCUGAAAAUGAGUGUGCUGAGCUGACGCAACUGGCACAUGCUACAGCCAUGGCUGGAGAUGGCUAUAGAGGGAGGACUUCUCCUCACACACCAAAUGAAAAAUUUGAAGGGGCAACUGUGCUUAAAACUUUGCAGUAUGGUUAUGAAGGACGUGUUCCUUUGCAAAGUGCUCGACUCUUUUAUGAUGUUAGUGAAAAGGCCAGAAAGAUAGUUGAGUCAUACUUCAUGCUGAACUCCACUCUUUAUUUUUCAUACACACAUCUAGUGUGUAGAACAGCAGUAAAAGGUCAACAGGAGUACAGGAAUGACCUCAGCCAUCCAAUCCAUGCUGAUAACUGUUUACUAGAUCCUGAUGCCAAUGAAUGCUGGAAAGAGCCUCCAGCUUACACUUUUAGGGACUUCAGUGCUCUGCUGUAUCUGAAUGGGGAUUUUGACGGUGGCGAGUUUAUUUUCACUGAAAUGGAUGCCAAAACUAUAACGGCCUCAGUAAAGCCAAGGUGUGGACGACUGGUGAGUUUUUCCUCAGGUGGUGAGAACCCACAUGGCGUGCGUGCUGUCACAAAGGGGCAGAGAUGUGCAGUGGCCCUGUGGUUCACCCUAGAUCCACUUUACCGAGAGCUAGAGCGGCUUCAAGCUGAUGAGGUGAUUGAGGCUCUUGAAAACCAGCAUGGAUGGGCUCACAUCAACGCAAAAGAUGAGCUAUAGCCAAGAACCAGAGGGAUAAAAACUUAAUAAUUUAUUAUAUUUUCAUGUGAUCAGAAAAUAAUUAUAUUUCACUGUUACAUGUAAAGUUGUGUUAUUUGAGAAAAUCAUAUACUGUACGUCAGGGUUAUUUUGCUGUGUUUUAGAUAUUCCAAAGCAUAGAUUUUUGGAAAUCACACACUUCUACCUGUAAGUCCAUCAUGGAUAGUGAAAUACACUGUAUAGUAUAAUCUACAAUGUAAAAUAUGUGCACAUGAGUUUGUGCUUACUGAAUGUGUUGAUAAUAGUCACCCAUGUGUUUUAUUCUUUUUAUCAGAUAAUAUAUAGAGCACUAUUUUUUUAUUUAUUGUUUCAAACUAAUGGUUCACUUGUUUCAUGGAUGUAGAUAACUGUUUACAACACUGACUUGAAUCUCUGGUAUGCUCUGCCAUGUCAGCAUUUAUUAUUAGGAACUUUUUUAAAAUAAUUUUGUUAUUUAUUUUUGUUUCACAUGAUUUCAAGCAAAUUGUGGCACUUGGUGGCCAUUUUUCUCUUUGUAGGCAGUUUUUUGCCAUUUGCACUGUUCUUUUAAAAGGGCAUAUACAAUGAAAUCAUGCACGUUGUAAAAAAAAAAUGGUACUUUGCUUGUAAAGCUAAUUCCUGUUGCAAAACUUAUAACAAGGCAUUUAUUAUCUAAGUUAUAACUAAUGUUUUGUAAUUCUGUUUUUAUCGUGUGUUAAGAUAUAGUGAAAAAAUCUCCUUUCCGUGGUGGGUUCGAGUUCCCCAGAAUCACUGGGCACAAUGUAGUAACACACUGCAGAGUGGACACUAACCCACUGCUAUUAAACUGAAAAAAACCUGACUGACCAGCAAAUCAUGAGUUUACAUUUACAUUUACAUUUUUGGCAUUUAGCAGACGCUCUUAUCCAGAGCGACUUACAGAAGUGCUUCCAUAGUUCAGCAGUCCAAGAACAUUAAUCUGCUGAAACCCUGUUUUUUUUUUGCAAGAACUGAAUAAUGUGUUAGUAAGUAAGUACAUGUCAGCUUAAGUGAGAUUUUGAGUGAUAAGUGAGAAAUGUAAUAAAUAGAAAUAGGUGAUGUAACACAGUGGUAAACAUGCUUUUCGCAGGAUUACAUUUAUUUGUUUACCAAUUUUUUAACAAGUUGGUCGGUGAAAUCAUCGUCUUCUUUUGUCUUCUUUUGUACUUUUGUUAGUUAAAUAAAGACUCAAGAAAAGUUUUAAAUUACAUUUAUUGCAUUUUACAAAAUGAGCCAACUUUCCCUUACUUUCCCACCCAUGUGGCCUCAUAACUCAUUUCAACCUAUUUGCGUAUCCUUUGGUCAGCUUUUGGAUCUUUUUAGAUAGAAUUCCCCCUGUACCUGUAUUUUUUACAUUUUCUUAUUUGUAUUUAUUCAUUUAUUUUGUUAGGUAAAUCGUUUUUUUUUUUUUACUUAAACAGUGAGUGUGCAACCUUUUGCUCUCAACUAUGCAAAAAUAAAACACUGUAAUACCUUGUGUCUGGCUUAACAAUCUAGAAGCAUAAAAUUUAUUAUACAUGCAUAAAUUAAUGUUUUAAAAUCCUUGAACAGAUAUUAGAUGACAACAAGUUUUUUACACAUACAAGCCAUGUAAUCAAUGAUUUCUGUUCAGAUAAACUGUUUUGUGCAUGUUCACCAUUGAUGCCAGCAUAUUAAUGAUGAUUCAACCCAAAACAGAAAAUGAUAGAUAGUUAGUCUCAAUAAAAGAAAGAGCUGAACUGAAAAAUAUAAAAAUAUAAAAGCAAAAUAACAAAAUGCCUUAAAACAUUUUAUUGUUCACAAACUCAUGACCUUAAUGAUCUAGGCACAUUGUCACAUGACCGCUUGAAGAGGUGUCAUUGUCAAUUUCCUUCACAAAUUUUACUAAAUCAUAUGCACAAUUUAAAUUAUAUGAAUGUCCUUGAAACUAUGUAGUUUAUGUAAUAUAAGCUAUAAGCUAAAUAUUAUAAAAGAAACUGCAUUUUUAGUUUCUUCAGGUAAUCAGGUGAAUUUAUUUGUAUAGCGCUUUUUACAAUAGACUCAAAGCAAUUUUACAGAAUCCAGGACCAACAGACCAAAAACCAAUUGGGUUCAAUGAGACUGGAGGCACACACUGAAGUACUGCCAGUCCUGUUGAAUCCAAAAUUACUAAUUAAAGAAAACUUUUUCCUAAUUAGAGCAGACUAUGCUUUGUUCGUCAGCUUAAAGUAGUUACAAAGCUAUUUCUAAGGCACAGUAAGAGCCAUAAUCUUUCAACCGAAAAAAAUAACUUAAAACAAAGUAAUUUGCCUAAAAAUACCUCAAAGUAAUGACUUCUUGACAUGGGUCUCCAAAAAGAGACAUGGGACAUGGGUAAUGCUAACAUUCUACAAUAGGAGCGUCAUAUCAACAGUCAAACAUGGUAGUGAUAGUAGUGGGGAUACUUUGCAGUCUGUUGUUGCCAACUUGACAAUAAAUGUUACUCUCAACCAGUAAAUCGGAGUAUGUCUGGUUAUUAGUGAUCUAAAGUGCAACUGGAUUGUCAAGUCAACCCGUAAAUGACUCAACAGAAACAAAAAGUAAGGUUUUGGAGUGUCUUAUUCAAAUUCUUGAUUAAAAUUCAUUGAAAUGAUGUGACAGGACCUUGAAUGAACAGUUAAUGCUUGAAAUUUCUUUACUGUGGCUAAAGAGGAGUGGGACAAAAUGCCUUCACAUCAAAAUGAAAUACUAAUCUGCAGUGAUCUGAAGUUAUUGGUUGCUGUUGUAAAGGUUCCACAACCAAAUAUUGGUUUAGUUAUUUUUUUAUGCAUGUGAUUAAAGUGUUGCAUAACCUUUUGUUUUUAAUAAAUAAGAUGUCCAUGAA